CCAAAAGCGAGUCCGAUUCGCCGACAGUCCGACCAACCAAACGCAAGGAGCCCAUUAAAGUUGAUAUCAGUGUCAAAGUGGUCCCGAAACCUAGAAAGGGAGGAAAUACGGGAACUACAAACUAACAUAGAAUUUUUAAGCAAUAAAUUUAGUCAGUCACAGUUUCCACCAACCAAUUUCAAAGAUGAGGAACAUACUCCAACUAGCCGUCAAAGACAUGAAUCACCCGGAUCCACAACUUUCAGUUCAAAACCAAACAUCAGUUCAAUCCAAACCGCUAAACCGUCUCAACCUGUCAACGUCGACACCAUGAAGUCGCAACCUAUGAAAAAUGUGACGACAACAAGAUACGCAGAGCCCGAGCAGAAAACCUUGAGUAGGAAAAAUAGCAACGUUUCUGAUAAACUGAGGACUCCACUGAGAGAAAACAGUCGGGAGCAACUCCAAAGUGUAACGUCGCCAGCUCAUUUGGAAACCCAAAAAGAAGAAAUCAACACCACGAAUCAAACUUCUGUGCAGAACCCAUCUGGUGUUCAACCAAAUCAGAGCGGUUUUUUACCAGCGCAAGAACACAACAUAGAAACUGAUGAAUAUCCCCAAUAUGACACUACUGACCACUACAAUCCCGAGCAGCAUUACGACCCUGUCCAACAGUAUGACCCCAAUCAAGGUUACGACCCUAAUCAGCAAUACGAUCCCACCCAGCAAUAUAAUCAGCCAUACGAUCAUAACCAAGAGUAUGAUCCCAACCAAGAAUAUGACACUAGUCAGCAGUACGACCCAAAUUUACAUUACGAUCCCAACAAACAAUAUGAUUCAAGUCUACAUUACGAUAGCAACGAUACGAAUCAGCCUUACCAAGUUGAUUCUGAUAAUAUUCAACAAUAUCACGAAGAUGGUACUGAUCCUAACCAACGUCCACCAGCAGAUUUAGAGCCCUUGACUGAAAUCAAUGAAAAAUAAUUGAAACUGAAUUGAAAUUAUAAAUAAUUUGUUACAAGAAUGUAUAUACGUACCUGUCGCUACUUAAUGUUUAUCAAACCAAGCCUUGGCUUCAACAGUGUUUGUUCUCGCCAAAAAGCAAUGCUUUAUUAUGACACGGAAUUCCUUCUUAUCCAUUUUCUUCAAACUCAAAAUGUUCUGUCCCACAAGCUGAUAGUCCGAAAGCUGUGAAAUGUUCACACGUGUCUUUUGAAGGUUAGGGUUGACUAAAUAUUAUAUAGAUUCAAUACUAGUAGCGCCAUCUGUGUGUUGGCCUGCGAACGUUUUAUCUCUCACAGUAUUACCCGAAUUGUGAGCAUGCGCUGACAAACUUUCAGCGUUUCUAAAAUGAGGAAAGUCUGGCAUUCACAGGCUCUUAAUUGAAUCGACAAGGAUUUGAUCAAUUAGUCUUUUGUAAUAAAAGUAAAUUAUUAUUUUCAUUUAAAAAUUUGUGAUGCACUGUUUGAAGCCUUUGGUGUAGUAAUGAAUGUUAUUGAAGUUCUAUCCAAACACCAAACCGCUUAUGGUAAUAC